AUGGCCUCGUAUCAGUUGUCUCCCAUUGAAGUUGGGCAAGUGAAGGCCCACAUGGAGCAUGGUCUGGGGUGCACGAGCAUAGCCCAACGCUUGAAGAAGGCAGACGGGAAAACAUCAUUUUCGGAGACGGCAAUAUCGAACAGCAUGAAGAAGUUGCAGGAGAACCCUAAGUGGCGCGGAGAGAGGGACGCAGGGUCAGGAGCCCCCCGCAAGACUACCGAGAAGCUGGACAGGGACGUCGUGAAGUGGGCGGUGGCCAACCGAGGCAAGACGAAAGUGACCGUGAGCCGUUUGAAGAAGCAGUUCCCGUUCCUGAGGAAGCUGUCUGACACGCUCGUGGAAGAUCGCCUUGCCGAGGCCGACCUCGCGUGGCUCAGGUGGGCCUACGUGGAUGGAACCACGUACUAUUUGGACAGGACCGCCGAUGAACACGAACACGCAGUGCGCAGGUCUCUAGGGUCACAUGCGUGGAGAAAGUCUGACAACAGUGACGCGUUGUAUGCGGACUGCGUCGCCCCGUCGUCUUACAACAAGGCUCAGGGCCAGCCGGUGCGGGUUUGGGGGAUGCUUGCCUCUGGCGUCCUAAACAUACACGUGCUUGACGAAGGCGAGGUGAUGGACCGCUCCGUGUACGUGGAGCUGAUAGAAGACAAGUUCGAUGAGUGGAGCUUGAACUGUGAAUUUGUGGUGUGCGAUUAUGAAAGGUGCUUGCGCACGCCAGAGGCUUUGCAGGCCCUCAAUCGCAGCGGCAUGAAGCUGGUGGAAGAGUACCCGAAA